AUGAAAAAACAUCUUGCGGGGAUAAAAGGUGAUAUUGGAUCAUGUAAAAAGGUUUCUCAUGAUGUGAGAUACCUAAUGUUAGAAUAUGUGAAAGCUGAGAAACAAUGUCAAGAAGAAAUGUUUAGUGUGCCUUCCACAAAUAGUGAUAUGCAAGAAGAUGAAGAUGUUCAAGAAGUAUAUAGUAGUGGGUUGCCUAAAAAACCUGUUUUAGGUAAAAGAAAGGGUACAAAUCUGGUGGAUAAUUACUUUGCUCCAAGAACUACUCCAGGAGCUCAACCUGGUCUUAAAAGUGUGUUCCAAAGUAAAGAAAGGGUGAGGCGAGCUGAUAUGGCUAUUGUAAGGUUUCUGUAUGACAAUUGCAUAACUUUUAAUGUAGUGAAUUCAGUGUACUACCAAAAGAUGAUUGAUGCCGUAGCUGCUGUUGGUCCUGGCUACAAAGGUCCAUCUUAUCAUGCUAUACUAGUAUUUGUAAAAUCAGUUGAUGCCUCAGAUGUUGUGAAGAGUACUAGAAACUUAUUUAAACUAUUUGAUGAAGUAGUUACAUGGGUUGGUCCAAAAAACAUAGUUCACAUGAUUACUGAUAAUGCUUCCAAUUAUGAUAUGGGAGACAUGCCUCAUGUGGAGAGACUUAAAAAACGUGCAUCCAAAGUCACAGUUUUUAUUUAUAAUCAUGUGGCUUUGAUUGCUUGGUUGAAGAAGAGACCUGGUUGGACAGAUAUUAUACUUGUAGGAGCAACAAGAUUUGCUACUACUUUCCUUUCAUUUGGAAGUCUUCAUGAUGAUAUUAAUGUUCUUGUCAAGAUUUCAUCGCCACUCAUUCGUUUGUUACGGAUUGUUGAUUCUGAUCAAAGACCUGCAAUAGGAUAUGUGUAUGAGGGCAUGCAUAGAGCACGGUUGGGAAUCAAGAAGAUCUUCCGAAUGAAGAAGCACUUGUACAAGCCAUAUACCUCAAUUAUAAAAAACCGUUGGGACAAACAUUUGCAUAAAGAUUUUCAUGCUGCUGCAUAUUGGUUAAAUCCUGCUUUUCAAUAUGAUGAGGAGAAUUUUUGUCGGAAACCAGCAGUACAUAUGGCUGUUUUGGACUACAUUGGGACAAAAUAUGAUGGUUACAAAGAAAAGGUAAUUAAGGAAACCCAAUAUUUUCGAGACCGUAUUGGGAGCUUUGAUAAAGAUCUUGCAUUGUCAACAAGCACAACCACUCAUCUAGGUGAGAAGUAA